AUGUCCUCCUCCACGGCCUCCUGGUCGCGCUACGGCGCCGUCCCGGCCCCGCCCCCGCCGCCGCGGCCCGACGCGAACGGCGGCUUCGAGGCGGCGCCCUCCCCCUCCUCCUCCCCCGCCUCCCCGCCGGCGGCGACCGCGGCGGAGGCGGGGGUGGCCUUCUUCUCGCGCGCGGGGGCCAGCGCCGCGGCCGCCGCGGCCGUCGGCCGGCCGCGGGCCUGGCGGGAGGUGCUGGACCACACGGCCUUCUCGCGCCCGGAGACCUGCGGCGAGGCGCGCGCCCGGGCCCGCCGCAACCUCGCCUACUUCCGCGCCAACUACGCGCUCGCGGCGCUCGUCCUCGUCUUCCUCGGCCUCGUCUACCGCCCGCGCUCCAUGCUCGCCUUCCUCGCCCUCUUCGUCGCCUGGCUCGCGCUCUACUUCGGCCGCGGCGGGGACGCGGGCCCGCUCGUCUGCCUCGGCCGCGACGUCGACGACCGCGUCGUGCUCGCCGUCCUCUCCGCCGCCACCGUGCUCGCCGUCGCGCUCACCCGCGCGGGGCUCAACCUGCUCGUCUCCCUCGUCCUCGCCUCCGCCCUCAUCGGCGUGCACGCCGCCUUCCGCAUGAACGUCUACCUCGACGAGAGGGACGCCUUCGACGGGGACGCCGCCGUCUCCUCAUUCAUGGGCAGCACCUACGGCUACAGCACGCUCCCGAGAUGA